GUGUGAGUACUAAGUGUAAUCUGCUCUACUGCUGUAGUUCGAUGCCAUUUUUAGCUCCGGUACUUCACAUCUGAUAAGAUGAAGCUCGAGAGGUUUUGUUGAUGUUGAUCUCUGUGUUUACUCCUGAAGUGAGGGAUGAGGUGGUGAACUGAGGAGGAGGAGGUGGAGUUGAUGUGUGCUGAUUAUCCAGGAAGCCAAGGUUUUAUUAUUAGGAGCUGAGCCGCAGCUGAAAACGCUGUCAGCUGUGGCAUCUGUGGACAUUUGAUGGAAGCUAAGCCCUGGCAGACGAUCCCUGUGAUCUGAAAACUGAGAUCAGCCCCAACAUGGAGAAUGAAAUAACAGCCAAGGAGAGAGGUGUUCUGGAGGAGAACAACGAGAAGGAAGUGAUGGACCAGGAGACUGCACAGGAGGAGGAGGACGAGGAGGAGGAGGAAGGUGAAGAAAGGAAGCAGAAAGAGGAAGAAGUUGAAGGAGAAGACAAGAGCGGAAAGGAGGAGGAGGAGGAGGAGGAGGAGGAGGAGGAGCUGACAGGGGAGCAGGAGUUAGAGGAGCUGAGGUCACAGGUGCUGCAGCUGCUGCUGGAGCUGGAUGGUGCCAGAGAGACUUCCAACAAACACCAGGAGAGCUUCAAUGAGCUGCAAGGACUGUUGGAGGAUGAGCGUCUGGCCAGUGCACAUCAGGCUGAAGCCUUCACACGUCAGAUCCAGAACUUACAAGCCCAGCUGCGUUCUGUGCAGGAGGAGAUGGACAGCCUGGAAGAAGAGAAAGAGAGCGAGCUGGCUGAAACCCAGGAGGAGCUGCGUGCGGCUCAGGAGGAGGUGCUCCUUCUUCAGCAGGCAGCGGAGGAAGCGGCAGCAGAGAGGGAGAAUGACAUCGCCUCCCUGCAGGAAGAGCUGUGUCGUCGGCGGGCUGAACUGCAACGCCUCAGCGAGGAGACCCAGGAGUACGAGCUGGAGAUCACCACUCUGAGGGCCGAGAUCAGCAUGAAGAGUCAAAGGAGGGAAGCCGAGAGGAGAGAGGGUGACGUAGACCUGCUGAAGGAGGAGUGUCGCACACUGAGGGAGGAGUGUCAGACCCUGAAGGAGGACAACGUGCGUCUUUCCGAGAGACUGCAUCUGCUGCAGAGACAGAGGACAAGCUCCAGUGUCUACCUCUCCCUGAAGGAGGAAGACGGAGGGGAGGACACAGAGGGGAAGGAGAUGGAAACUGGCCCAGAUGAGGUCAUGACAGAGAGCUACAUGACCAUGGCCCAGUCUCAGGGUUGUCGCCUGGUGGAUGCCUCCAUACAGAAGAACAUUUCCUUUGAGGGGAAACCCAUGACACCAACCAGCUGGAAUGGAGGCGCUGGGGAGAUCUUCUCUCUGAGGGACCAGGUCAAACAGGCGGAGGAAAAGGCCUCACAGGUUCAGAGAGAGUGCGAUGGCCUGAAGAUGGAGCUGGAGGAGCUGCAGGUACUGUACGAAAGCAGUCAGAAGGAGCGGGCCGAGCUGGAGGAGGAGCUGCAGCGCUGCAAGGCAGAGCUGGAGAAGCUGUCAGGAUGGGCUCAGAGAUUCAUCCAUCCAUCUGAGCACCCUGUUCUCUCCAUCCCCUUCAUAGGAAUGAUUGUAAUAGUGGCUGUGGUCUGGUGCUGGUUGUCGGAGCUGGCGUCCCAGAGAGCAAGGUACGAGAGGAGCCGAUCUCUAUCUGAAAUGCUACAUACACCAGAAACAUCAGCUCAUGCAAAUGCGAGUGAAUGAUAUCACAACAAAGUGAGACGUGUGAUGUUGCAGCGCCGUUGUGUUUAGCAGCUCUAACACGGUCCCUUAUCUUUCCACUUUGUUUCUGCUCUGGCAGAUUUGUUUCUGAUUGUUCUGUCCGCAGUUCUUAUUCAUGCUUUCUUAAGCAGAAAGAGGUUUAUUAGAGACACUCGCGGAAAACGGUCUUAUAGAUUAAGUGGGCCGAAAGGCUGUGCUUUUUGAGGACAACAGUAGUGGUUCAGCUGGGAGUACUAACCCCUCAGCACUAUAAUAAACAUGUACAUAAUUAGAUUUAUAGCAGAGUAGCACAAGGCAGAGGAGGAGAUGUAGGAGGUGGAGGAGGAAAGAGCCGUAGCAGAUAUGGACGCUGGUGGGGGGGUAAUAAUGAGAAGUGUUAGGUGAGAGCAGCUGCUCGUAUAUCUGCAGGAACUAGAUGAGAUGAGCAUAGAUCGCUGGCAACCAAUCAGCUGAUCAAUAAAGCGGGUGAGCGUGAAGCCGAACAAAACGACUGAUUCCAAUCAGAUAACUCCGCAAACUUCAUUAUCAAUGAAAGACUUAAGAGUCUGAUGAUGGUCCAAAUUAACUAAGAGAGGAUUUGUUAGUGUUGUACAUUCAUAAAAAAAACCUUGUUGGUCAAGAAUAAUUAUUUCUGUGAAUGCUAUGACAGUGACACGGCUGACAGGGACGGAUUGGGACUGUGAAACGUACGGAUGGGAUAGGAAAUGAAGAAGAACUGUGGUUGAGAAGUUUGAAAUAAAGUUAGAAAGUUAGGAUGGGUUGGACAUGUGCUGAGGAGAGAUAGCAAAAGUGUUGGACCAGGGACGUUAGAAAUACAGCUGCCAGGCAGGAGGAUGGAGCCAAGAAGGAUGUGAAGAUGGCUGGUGUAACAGCCGAGCAGGCAAGAUGGAGGCAGAUGAUCGGCUGUGGUGACGCCUGAGGAGAACAGCUAAAAAUAAUAAUAAUAAUUUUUAAAAAAAAAGAUUAUUUGUACUUAUAUGAACUGACUGGACUGUAGUGUUUAUUAAGAGUAGUUCAUUAGUCAUGAAAUGCCAAAUAGAGCUGGAGUAAGAUAGAUGAUGGACGCGGGACGGGUGGGCAGUUUGUCAAGAUGACUGAGUCACGCCGAGCGACUUAAGACACAGGAUUACUUCACAUCAGAAACAAUGGUGCGUUCUUG